GGCUAGUCCCCCACUUCCGUUGUCCGAAUAUCCAAUUUUCUAGAACUUCUAGCAACUACCUAAUUAGAACUGAUUUGACAUUAACCAUGGCGAGCCUUUCAACAAACGUCCUGUCUCUUCCCCCCGGCACCAAGAGGAAAAGCCUUACCCCUCUUGGUACGUGAACUCUAGCGAAAACAAUUAUUUUGAUCGACCUACCUAGAGAAUAAUCCGGAAAUUCAUGUCAAGUCUCUCCUGGAGGCUAGGCCUUUCCACGCCCCUUUCCUUUACUGAUGUCUUCAGCAUCGACGAGCCUGAUUUGCUCGCGAUGAUCCCCGCACCUUGUUAUGGAGUAUUGCUUGUCUUCCCGAUCAACGAAGCAUACGGAGCUUCUCGUAUUCAAGAAGAUGAGGGCAUGGAGGACUACAACGGAUCCGGCGAAGAGGAAACUGCAUGGCUCAAGUUUGCUUUAUGAAAUCGGACGACCAUAACCUCUGGGAACUUGAUGGAUGCAAGAAAGGCCCACUUAAACGAGAUCUGAUCGGAGCCGAAGAAGACGUUCUGAGUGAGGCUGCCUUAAUUUAGGCGUACGGGAAUCCUUGAAUAGAGAGAAGAAACGAGGCUGCCAAGCUCUGAGGUUCAGUCUCAUUGCACUGGUGCCAAACUUAUCGGGUUAAAAACCUUGGUGACGUGGUAACUGGCCUAGCAAGGGUAAAGUCCCUGGCUAGGUGUGGAUUACGUGAGCCCUAAG